AAUCCAAAGCCGCUUACUUAGGUGAUCCAUGUAAUUUCCCGUAGAGUCUCAAUAUUGAUCUCGGAACAUGAGACUCGAGACCCCACCUUAACCAGGAAUCAAGACCCUGACAGUACUAAAAAACGGCCCACUUCAGAUGGGCCUUUCAGCCUAUUCUUCAAUAAAUAUACAUACAAAACAGUUUAGGACAAUUUUCCUUCUUUGAGGAAGAGGAGUAAAAGAAACCGGUGACAUUGCAUGGAAAGGUCUCUUUUAUAUGGGAGUAUGCUGAAACUAGUUUCUGAAAUGUUGUGCGAUCGAGGAGCUCUGAAGAUGAGACCUUCUCUAUGUGCGCAAAUUAGUGGCUUUCAUACUUCAAAGCCUGGUUUAGCACCUAGAAGCUUUUUCGGGGUGGAAGAUUUCAUUGAUGAUGACAAUAGCCGGCCGUACACUUACCAGAAGGGGAAAAAAUCGAAGAACCCAAACAAGCAUGUUUCUUUCAAGCAACGGACAGUAGCGUACAUGGAACCGUUCACACUUGAUGUUUUCAUAUCAAAGCGCUUUGUUUCAGCAUCAAUCACCCAUAGAGUUACAUGCAAACAGGUUGCAGUAGCUGGUACAAACUCCAAAGAUAUCAAGGCAGUGCUCAAAUCACGAAGUGAUAUUCCUGCAUGCUUGUCAGUUGGACAGAUUUUGGCCGACAGGGCAAGAGAGGCUGAUGUAUACACCGCUUCUUAUACACCUCGAGAUAGGGACAAAUUUGAAGGGAAAAUUAGAGCAGUUGUUCAGUCCCUCAUUGAUAAUGGUAUCGACAUCAAAGUUUAUCUUGACUGAAAAAGGCUUUGGAUGCCCCAAUCAUGCUGCUUAUACAUGGAUAGUAUUCUCAUUGUACGAUUUCAUCUUUUGUUCUUUUGUCAUCAUCAGAAGCUCCAUAGACCAACGUAGGGAGCAACAUCAGGGUCUUACUAGUACAUAACUACCAAUACAACUGUGCGGCUUGGUCUACGACUAUUGAACUCGAAUUGGAAGAAUGAAGUGUAGGUUUACAUAUUUCUGUUUCUUUUAUUGACAAAAUGUUACCUUAGUUAUAAAGAUCAUGUAAGAUUGUGAGGAAGAAUGUAAAUUCAAUUGGGAAGAGUGAUUUUACACACUAUAGUGCUUGACUCGAACUUAGAAUAAAAAUGAGUCCAUAUUUUCA